AUGGUUGGAGCCGCGCUGUGUUGCUGGCGUGACGAUGAGGCGAGGCCCAUGAGUGAGAGGUUUUCGUGUGGGUUGACGAGGUGGAAUGCUUUGGGCAAUUUAGGCUUUCGCUUUUUCCGCAUCGUCGACGGUCUCAUCGUCGGUGGAAAGCAAAACCCAUCGAGACCGGUACAUUUCGAAAACCAGGAAGAACUCAUCUUUUCAACUCGGUCCUGUCGUCAAGACGACGUCUGCCAUAGCCUCAGAAGGUGGACUUGA